AGCUUAUGCUUUUUAGCUGCUGAAAAUGACUUGUGUGCUUUAUUCAUUUUGGGUUUUGGCCAACAUAGUAGUACUUUAUACAAUGAUGUAUAGCUUACCUUCUCUGUUUAAAUAGUCAUUUGAAGAUCUUUCAAUUUGUGUUUUUUUUAAAGUCUUGAUUGUGAGAAGUAGAAUGGAACAAGGACAUUAAUUAGUUCUCAUGUAGUUCAUAAAAUCUUCCUAUAUCUCAGCUGCACAUUUUUAUGUUUCUUUGACUUUAAAAAGACACAAAGGCACUAAUGGCUGAUCCCACACAUGCAUGCAUAUGACUCAGUAUUUUAUCUCUUGGUAACAUUAAUAGUAUCUUGCAUUUGAACAUUUGACUCUUUCUUUUGAGACAGAGAUAUAAUUUGAACAUUUUGUUUAAUUUAUGAUAACUAAUUCUGCAUGCAGGUUAUCACUCUGUGAGCUCUUUCACACAUUGAUCACAGUGUGAUUCAAAUUUAGCUGCUGUGACAAAAUUUUGUGGAAUCAUGCUGGUUGUAGUUUGAUGAGGGACUAGAGCUCUCUGCGAGAGACAGUAUAGUGUAGCUGUUUGAGCACUGGACUAUGACUCUAGAGACAAGGGUGUGAUUCCCCAUUUGGCCACAGAAACCCGCUAGGAGACCUUGAGUGAGUCACACAUUCUUAGCAGAAAACAAUGUAAGAGGGCCCUUUUGGGUCACCAUGAGUUGGAAAUGACUUGAAGGCACACAACAACAAACUGCUCUCUGGCAGAGUUUUAAAUAUUCCUCUAAACUGCAAAUCCCACAAUUCCACAGGAUGUUGCCAUGGCUGUUACAGUGGAAUCGUAGAACUAUAAUUGUGUAGCGUGAAAGGGCCUCAUAUUGCAAUCACUAAGUCAUGGACUGCAUACCACCAUACCACUCUGUAAACACCUGAUCUUGUCAGAUUAUGGAUGGUAAACAUGGUUGGACCAUGACUAGAUGGAAGACUACCAGGGAAUACCAAGAGUUUCCAGGCAGGUCUGUGAAAGCAUCUUGACUGAAACUCUAAACAGCUGCUGAGUCAGAGUUAUAAAUACUGAGCUAUGUCGCUCAAUGGCCUGAUUCAGUGAAAGGCAACUUCCUAUGUUCCUGUUUGCAAAAUCACCCUAAAGUUUACACCAACUCAGAGUUUCCUUUCACAUGUUAUGUAGUGGGCACAACAACUGCACUGUUUUAGUCUUCUCUCUAUGUUCUGUCUGUUUACUCCUGUUUUAUAUACUUGUUCCAAAUUUAGCAAUAUCUGACAUAGUCACAUAAAAUAACAGGAUAUAAUAUUAAGUACAAGAUUCAGACUUAUUAGCCACUCUUCUAGUACUGAGUAAGGCUUGAAGUGGUAAAUAAAAACAAAUAGAAUAAAACAGCUACAAAGAUAAGAAUUAAACCAACUUUUAAGCCAUUUUAGCCAACCUCAAGAAGAUUGCUGAAAUCAAUUAGUCAUGAUCAAUCCAGUGUGUAUAGCCAUGGAUCUAAAUGUAUGUAUUUGAAAUGCUAUUUUCUUUAUUUAAAAAGCUGUUCUCUGUGUAGGAAACUUGUUUCCUAUGUAGAAUAAGAAACUGUGAAGAUUCUUGCUUAUCUAGUCUUCUAUCCCUGUUGAAAUUCAUUUUGUUUGUUUUGGUUCAGCUUUCCAGACUCUUCAAAUAUUUCUGAAUAUUCUUUCUUUCCCUACUUGAGAUUCAGCCGUCAGUACGUCUUGUUCUACAAAAUCACCAAGAACAUUUAACAGGACUAGAAAUCUGGCUCACAGUUGUGUUUAUUAACAGAAAAAUAUCUGAAGGAAGCAACGAAUGACAGGCUCACCAUACUUAGUAUCAAAAUGCAUGGUGCAGCUAGCUACUUUUAUCUCCUCAAUACUUUUUGGUGGCUAAGCAUUAGAAAAAAUAUACAUUAGUAAAAUUUCAUAAUUGGAUAUUACAAUGUGAUGUUUCUAUUGUGCCUGCAUGCUAUUGGUUACAUUACCUAUUUGCCUUUGAAACUGAGUGUGAAUGCCCAGUACUUGCUCACUCUGUUUCUGGUGUUCAUGAACUUGAAAUGAACUUUAGGUCAAGUACAACAAUACAGAAGAGAAUGCUCAGCUACAAUUAAAAACAUGCUGCCUAUGUUGUAUUUGUUUCAAAUCCUGAGUUUCUGGUUUGUGUAAAGUGCUUUUAUUUCAUCCAGAACAGCAAUGGUCCGUAGUGGCAAAAAUGGAGGACUCCAUCUGAAACAAAUCUCAUAUUACAAACAAACAGGUGGAUACCAUCCCACAACAUUACCAAGUGAAAGGAGUGGAAUAAGAAGAGCUGCCAAAAAGUUUAUCUUCAAAAAUAAUAAACUGUUCUAUGUGGGAAAAGACAAGAGGCAAAUGCGCUUGGUAAUUUUUUCUGAUGAAGAAAAGAGAAAGGUUUUAGAAAAUUGCCAUGAAAACCAUGCCAGUACACAUCAUGGCAUAUCAAGGACUCUAACCCUGGUGGAAUCUCAGUAUUAUUGGACUUCAGUAACCAGCGAUGUUAAACAGUGGGUAUAUGCUUGUCAACACUGCCAGUUAGCAAAGAAUACGACCUUUGCAGCCUCCAAAUUCCACACUAUUAAGGCAGAGGAGCCUUGGACUGUAAUUAUUAUAGACUUAAUGGGACCUUUCAGUGCCACCAGCAAAAAUAAUCUGUAUGUCAUGCUUCUGACAGAUGUCUUCAGUAAGUGGGCUGUGGCUUUGCCACUCCAUGAGCUUUCAGCAGCUGAAGUGACAAAGGCAAUUAUCAAGGCAUCAUUCUGUUAUGGCCCACCUCAGAAGAUUGCUAUAGAUCAGGGAGAAGAGUUUGUUCAACAGGUCAACUGUGAGCUGUUUCAACACUUUGGGACAAAGGAAUUAUUAAUGCUGCAUCCUCAAACUGAUUGUGAAAAUAAAAUUGGCAAGACUGUCAGAUCUUUCCUUCUGCGAUACUGUACAGAGAACAAGAAAGACUGGGAUGACCAUUUACAAGCUAUUGCUUAUGCAUUCAACUUGAUUCCUUCAGAAACUAACCAUAAUACACCAUAUUUUGAAAUGUUUAAACGGAACCCACACAUGCCUCCACCUUUCAGUGAGAUUCAGGAAGGAAGGAAUGACUGCAUGUUUGGUAGAAUUGUUACUGCAGUAAAACAAGACAAGAGAACAGUGCAGGAAAGCACAGCUUCUAAUUGCCAGGAUCUAAAGAAAAUGCCUGUAGAAGAGCAGAGUGGAAAGAAGGGCCCUGUUAGGAAGAAGCCAAAGCAACUGAACCCAUUUCUCCUUAAAGUGGGUCAUGAAGUUUUUAGGCAAAGGAAAAACUGGUGGAAAGAUGGCCGCUUCCAGUCUGAAUGGGUUGGUCCUUGUAUUAUAGACUACCUCACUGAGAAUGGCUGUGCAGUAUUAAGAGAUGCUGCAGGCUCAAGGCUGAAAAGACCUAUUAAAAUAUCUCAUCUGAAACCAUAUAUAAGAGGAUCAAACAAAGAAGAUAACAACCAAGGUUGUCCAAAUGCCAUAGUGGCUGACCAUGACUAUGUCGGUUCAGCUGAAACAGUCACAGAGCAGAGCUCCAAAGAUGUAUUCUCCCCCAAAGGACUUCCUCCUCUUGUUCCUGAUGCUGACUUACUAGAGAAGGACCUCGUAGUAUCAGCAUGUGAAAAUAGUGCACUGCCUGAAUUUACAGAACCCGACUCCAUUGAAACAACUACUAUGAACUCAGAGCAAUGGUCUGCAACUGACUGGACUCUGCAAAAUAAAGCUGAGGCUACUUGAACUAAAUAUAGAAAGACUUGAAUUAGAGUACAUGUUACAAAUUAGUUUGAAGGACUCUUUGUUACAUUUGACAAGAACGAAAUAUUGGAUUCUUCUAGAUUCAUCUAGAUGACUACACAUAAAAACUAUGUUUGCAUGCAGUGGCACCUCCUUCCUCUCUCAUCCUCCUGAUUAGCCAAGAGACAAUGGCCCCAUACAGACAGCCAAACUAAAGCUGCUACAGGCAACUUUGGAGGUAUGCAGUUAAGGAGAAGACCAGGACUCGUGGGCGGGGGGAAGGUGUUGCCAUAGUCCAUAAAAACAUGCUUACCUUGACCAGGAACCCCAUCCAGAAAACGGACUUCAUCGAGUGUAUUUACCUGAUCCUGAAGGCUAAGGACAGUCUGGGGAUUUUGUUGGUCUAUCGUCCACCCCGUGGGCUAACAGACUCCCUAGCCGAGCUGACACAGCUGGUCUCGGAACUGGUGCUGGAGUCUCCCAGACUUCUUGUUCUGGGGGACCUCAACAUCCCUUUUGAGGCCGGCUCACAAGAUCUGACAGGUGCAGCUCGGGAGUUCAUGGCUUCCAUGAUGGCCAUGGGCCUGUCCCAGUUAGUCUCGGGCCCAAUGCAUUGCACUGGUAAUACACUCUAUGUCAUCUUCAGUACGGAUUGGGACAGUCCAUGGGCAGAGGUAUUACAUACCUCUGCUCUAUCAUGAACGAACCAUUUCCUGGUCGAGGUCCGACUUAAGGCAACUACCCAAAUACCUCCCGGGGGUAGAGGACCUAUUAGGAUGGUCCACCUGAUGGAACCCAAAAGGUUCCAAGAAGCCUUAGAGGGAUCUAUGGUUGGAUCUGACGGCAAUUCUGUACAUCUGGGAUAACGACCUCUCCAGGGCUAUACACAGUAUUGCUCCUAAGCGUCCUUUCUGGCCAGCUUCUAAUAAGAAACCCUGGUAUACAGAAGAUCUCUGGGAAAUGAAGUGGGCCGUGCAACAACUAGAGCGCAGCUGGCGGAGACACCAGCACUUAUCCAACAAGACACUUCAUCAGGUUCUUUUGAAGUCCUAUGGAGUGGCAAUAGGCGCAGCAAAGAAUUCCUUCUAUGCUACACGUAUUGCGUCUGCAGAGUUGCAUCCAGCAGAGCUGUUCAGGGUGGUCAGGGAGC